AUGUCAGCAGAGGAUUAUGGCAAGCUGGCAAAGAACCAGUUGGCAAAGACUCCCCGAUCUGACUGUAGUAGAAGCUGCCAACCAGGAAACCGCAAAGCUCCAAUUCAAGGAAUGCCUGUCUGCUGUUAUGAUUGUGUGCCUUGCUCAGAUGGUGAAAUUGCCAACCAAACUGAUGCUACAGAAUGCACAAAGUGUCCCAAAGACUCCUGGUCAGAUGAGAAGAGGUUAAACUGCAUCCUAAAACAAGUCGAUUACCUGUCCUUCAAGGACCCCCUGGGAUCAGUACUGACUUCUAUCUCCCUUGCCUUUGCCAUCAUUCCUGCAUGCAUACUGUGGAUAUUUAUUAAACAUCGGGACACCCCAGUAGUGAAAGCAAACAACCGUAAUCUCAGCUACUUCCUCCUUGUAGCUCUUAUUCUGUGCUUCCUGAGCUCCUUAAUAUUCAUUGGAAAACCAAACAACACAAGCUGCUUAUUGAGACAGUCUGCAUUUGGAAUAAUAUUUUCUGUUUGCAUCUCUUCUAUCCUAGCAAAAACAAUAAUUGUAUUUAUUGCAUUCAGUGUCAGAAGGCCAGGAGGAUUCCAAAGGAAAUGGCUUGGAACCAAGACUCCAGUUUGCAUUGGCCUUAGCUGCACCACUCUGCAGGUCGUAAUAUGUACUAGUUGGCUUAUACUUUUAUCACCUUUUGCUGAUAAAAAUAUGAAUUUGUACAAUGACAAAAUAAUAAUUGAAUGCAAUGAAGGGUCAGUCACCAUGUUUUAUUGCAUGCUAGGGUAUCUUGGGAUUUUGGCAAGUGUAUGUUUCAUAACUGCUUUUUUAGUACGAAAAUUACCAGACAGAUACAAUGAGGCAAAAUUCAUCACAUUCAGCAUGUUAAUAUUUAUUAGUGUUUGGCUGACUUUUAUACCGGCAUACCUCAGUACCAAAGGGAAAUAUCUAGUUGCUGUGGAGAUAUUUGCCAUCUUGUCAUCAGGAUUUGGGCUUCUGAGCUGCAUUUUCUUCCCAAAGUGUUUUAUUAUUGUAGUAAGACCAGAGUUAAAUACUAAAGAAUCUGCAACACACAAUUCACACUAA